CUGAGGGUGGCAGCAGGUUGCAGUUCGCGAUGCUGCAGCAGCGUUAGUGUUGAUUCAGGUGGAGCAGCAUGUGGUGCCCGUAGCGUCUGCAGCCAGGAGGAGCCUUCAGUCCCUCCUCACUCCUUCACUCCCAGCGGCUGGUGGAGACAUCAUGCGUUCGUAAAGCCGGCUGAAAAUGAACGGGCAUGUUAAAAUCCUCCCCUCUCCCACGUCCUCCUCAGCUGGACACAGCGCCAGCCCGGACACGCACAGAGGAUGGCUGCUCAAAUGGACCAACUAUCUGAAGGGCUACCAGCGCCGGUGGUUCGUCCUCAGCAAUGGCCUUCUGUCCUACUACAGGACUCAAGCUGAAAUGGCACACACCUGCCGUGGCACCAUUUCCUUGGCGACGGUACACAUUGAGGUGGGAGACGCUUGUCACCUGGUGCUGACGAGUGGGGGGCGGAACUACCACCUGAAGGCCAGCACGGAGGCGGAUUGUCAGCGGUGGGUUUCUGUGCUGCAGCAGGCCAAAGCGAAUGCCACUCAAAUGAUGCACCAAUCAGAUGACUCUGGUGAUGAAGUCACAGUAGCUCAGCCGGACCGUGCUCUGACCUCUGGUGCUCUGAAGACUCUGAUCAGUAAGCUGGAUGAUCUGAGCACGUGCAACGAUCUGAUUGGAAAGCACGGAGCGGCUCUGCAGCGGUCACUCAGCGAGCUGGAGGACCUGCGCUGCCCCAGUGACGGAAACGAUAAGCUGAAAACGGUCAACGAGCGCGCCACACUCUUCCGCAUCACCUCCAAUGCUAUGAUCAAUGCUUGCCGGGACUUUGUGGAUUUAGCGGAGGCACACAGCCGGCGGUGGCAGAGGGCACUGCAGUAUGAGAGAGAACAGCGCCACCAUCUGGAGGAGACCAUUGAGCAGCUAGCCAAACAACACAACAGCCUUGAGAGAGCCUGGAGAGAGGCACCCAGCACUCACCCACAAGGAUCCAAGAGGUCAGGAGAAGUAGACACCAGUGACGAGAAUGAGGAUGUAGAGUUUUUUGAUGCCAUGGAGGACUCGCCCGCUUUCAUCACCGUUCCUGCAUCCAACCACACACAGCACGGACACUCAGGUGGAGGUGUUAACCAGGGUAUGACCGGUACUAUGCCCAAUGACUGGGGUCAGGAGGACAAUGACACGUCAGGCUCGUACGCGCUGCAGCAGCGGAGAGGCAGACGCAGCCGAAUCCCAGACAAACCCAACUACUCUCUCAACCUGUGGAGCAUAAUGAAAAACUGCAUCGGCAAAGAGCUCUCCAAAAUCCCCAUGCCUGUGAACUUUAACGAGCCAUUGUCAAUGCUGCAGCGGCUGACAGAGGAUCUGGAAUACAGUGAGCUGCUGGACCGCGCUGCCCGCUGUGUGUGCACUCUGGAGCAGAUGUGUUUGGUUGCUGCGUUCUCAGUCUCGUCUUACUCCACCACUGUCCACCGCAUUGGAAAACCCUUCAACCCACUGCUGGGGGAGACGUACGAGCUGGACCGGCUGGAGGAGAGUGGAUAUCGCUCGAUUUGUGAACAGGUGAGUCACCACCCACCUGCAGCAGCCCAUCAUGUGAUGUCUCAGCGUGGAUGGACUCUGUGGCAGGAGAUCACCAUCGACAGCAAGUUUAGAGGAAAAUACAUCUCUAUCAUGCCUCUGGGUCACAUUCAUCUGCUGUUCCACUCCAGUGGGAAUCACUAUGUGUGGAGUAAAGUCACAUCCACAGUCCAUAACAUCAUCGUAGGCAAACUCUGGAUUGACCACUCUGGCGAUAUUGAGAUCAUGAACCGCAGGACAAAGGACACCUGCCACCUCAAAUUCUCACCUUACAGCUAUUUCUCCCGGGACGUCCCACGCAAGGUAACUGGUGUGGUGGCAGACAGCGAUGGUUUGGCCCACUAUAUCCUGUCUGGAUCGUGGGAUGAUAAGAUGGAGAGUGCUAAGAUUGUGGAGAGUAGCCGUGGCUGUGUGGGAUCAGAGGUCAAACAGAAAACUGUCUACCAAACUCUCCCUCCUAAACUGCUGUGGAAGAAAUACCCGCUACCUGAGAAUGCAGAGAACAUGCACUAUUUCUCCUCGCUGGCUCUGACUCUGAACGAGCCUGAGGAAGGCGUGGCUCCCACAGACAGCCGCCUGCGGCCGGAUCAGAGGCUGAUGGAGGCGGGGCUUUGGGAUGAAGCCAACGUCCACAAACAGCGUCUGGAGGAGCGGCAGAGGUUGGAGAGGAAGAGAAGGGAGGCACAGACCAACAUCGCUGUGGAGGAGGGCCGGGAGGUGGAGAUGUACCAGCCGCUGUGGUUCGAGAAGAGGCUGGACUCUGAGACCGGGGAGAGCAGUUACGUCUAUAGAGGAGGAUACUGGGAGGCCAAAGAGAAGCAGGACUGGAGCCAAUGUCCGUCCAUCUUCUGAGGCGUCAGUCGUUAUUCCCCGCAGGAGGAUGGCUGCUUCAUAGAGAGCAUCUAGUGAAGCUGACGGACAGAUUGCUCAGUGGACGUGCGAGGCAGGACACGAUUAUGGUCCUGUGUGUGUGUGUGUGUGUAUUGGGAACAUUGCUUAAAAAUGCUUCCGAUUCAGAGGCGUCUCAAGGAUCUGAAAUAUACAUGCAUUAUUUUUUCCAUUCUCUUUAGUAACGUAGUAGAUUCACUUGUGUGUUUGGAGUUGGGAGGGUGAGUGUGCGCACAUGUUUUGUGGCAGGUGCAAUGAUCGCUGCAUGGAUUCGAGCACAAGAGAUUCCAGCACUUUAUUUAUGAGCUACAUUUAAACUGUAGGACUCGGUCAGCCCAGGUGAGAUUUGUCAAAAAUGUUAUAAUAGACAUGUCUGAACCAAAGACAGGCAGCGUUUAUUAGCCCUGUUUGACAGAUCAGAGUUUGGAUGAAGGAUAUUUAGCGUUUUCAUAACUGUGUUAUAGUGUUGUCCUUUAACAUGGACUAUAAAUUCAACAUGUUGCCCAGUACUUGGAAAAGAACAGAAAACAUUCCAAGGAAGCAUCUGCCCAUAGACUUCUAUUAUAAGUGUACUUGAGUCAGCAGGUUUUCCGUUCUUUACCAAGUUCAGGGAAAGCUACUAAAAUUAUUGUCUGUGGUAAAUACUAAUCCAUAUGCUGUAGAUACAGAUAGAGGUCAGACUGAAAAAAGCUAAAGUAUCCUUUUAAAAGGUGCCAGCACAAAGCAGUUACAGAAUUUGAUUUCUCACUGAAACUCUUGUUAUUUAGCUCACUGUUGCUGUGUUGACACACUGUAAUAGUAGGCCUGUGUUGUCUUGGCCUCUGGUUCUGGGCUGGUUGGUUCUGUGGGUCUGCAGUGGAAAUGUGGCUACUGCAGCCUGAAGCCUGGCUCAGUGAUUAUACUGCAAUAGUUCUGACCUAUAGUGGGUGAUUCUCAGAGGAAGGAAGACCCCUUGGUUAGAUUUCCCUUCCUGUAACCCUGUGGCUCCUAAUUCCAGUCCAUGUUCUGCACGUUUCUGUUUUCCCAGCAUGACCCAGCAUAUAAUCUAGUCAUAAGAAAAUAACAUAGGAGAUGAAAAAAAGACACAUUAACAUCUGAUAAAUCCUUAAACGUAAUUUGGGCCUUUUUCUACUGGGUGACUAGUCAGUUCACACAAUGUAAAGGACAGCUGAGGUUUCCGUAUGCUGUGGAAAAAAUUAAAUAAAAACAGAAAAGAAUGGAGAAUUUAUCUCAGGAGAGUAAUCACAUACAGUAGACUAGGAAGGUGUGCAGAGCGUUGGGAACCACUUCCAUAAGCACAAGAUGCAGAUAUAUUGGUAGAUUUUGUUUCUUUAACACGCUUGACCCAACAUCAGCUCAUGAUCAAACCCUUCUAAAUCAGGAGGCGAACCUGCUAAAGCCGUUUCCUCCAGUUAUAACACAGCAUAGAUAACACUUCUAGUCAUCUUACUGAGACUGAAAUGAACUGGUUUAAAGGGUAACUUCACAAAACAGUGACAAUCAUAAUGCUCUGGUCUAUCAAAGGAGGUGCAAAUAGACUAAUGGGACUCAUGUGAGAAGGAGCUGGUUAAUAUACAGUCGUAUACAAAUUACACAUUCCGUGUUUUGUUGAUUUUCUGUGAAAGUAAGUUAGUCAGAGUACACACUUCAGUACAUUUUAAUGCACAAUCACUGUUUAUUUGCUGAAUUCAAAUAUAAAAUAAAAUGUGGCCUGUGCAAAAGUUAUGGCGCAGUUGGUAUUUCAUGUUUUUUUUCCCCCCAAUAUGUUUAACAUGGCAAAUAAACAGAAAUCAUGCAUUAAAAUGAAAUUCAACAAAACAUGGAAUUUGACUGAGGGUGCUAACACUUGCAUAUAUAUGACUGUAUCUUGUAUCUACACUUGGUGUCCAUUUUAUUAGGUCUAUUAACCAUAUAGGUACAGAUUGUAGUCGAUCUGUUUCUCAUGUAAUUUGUUAGCCCCCCUUUUCCCUGACUGUCAGUGGUCAGGACCCUUAAA